AAAUAACCAGCCAAAAUGAUGCCUGGAGGUUUAACUGAAGCUAAACCUGCCACUGCAGAAAUCCAGGAGAUUGCUAACAAGAUUAAACCACAGCUUGAAAAAAGAACAAAUGAGACUUAUGCAGAAUUUGAAGCCGUACUGUAUAGAACUCAAGUAGUUGCUGGAAUAAAUUACUUCAUUAAGAUACGAGUAGACGAUGAUUGUUAUGUUCACGUGAAAGUAUUCCGAAGUCUUCCUUAUCAAAAUCAGGAGUUGACGCUUACUGAUUUCCAGACUGACAAAUCCAAGGACGAUGAGCUGACUGGCUUUUAGCAGCAUGUUCCCAAAGUGAUCUGGUUCCUUCCACUGGCUACAGAGAAAUGGUCCUUGUUAAUAAAAUAUGCCCAUCAAUAAAGAAGAAUUC